AUGAAGUUCCCACAGUGCGAAGAAGAAUGGAAACAAAUCGCUCUAGAAUUCAAACAAAGAUGGAACUUUGAUACAUGUGUGGGAGCCAUUGAUGGAAAACAUAUAAACAUUGUGAAGCCUCCUAACAGCGGAUCCAUCUACUAUAAUUACAAAGGAAAAUUUAGUAUUGUUUUAAUGGCUGUAGUGGAUGCACAAUAUAAAUUUAUUAUGGUGCAGACAGGUAGGAAUGGAAGGGUAUCUGAAGGUGGUGUUCUUUACCAUACAACGUUCUAUGACAAGUUAGUAAAUGGCACGCUUAAUUUGCCAAAACCAGAGAACGUGGAAGGAACGCAGUUUACGCUUCCUUACGUGUUUGUGGGAGAUGAAGCUUUCCCACUCCUUCCCAAUCUUAUGAAACCAUAUCCCCGAAAAAAACUUAAUCCCGAUGAACGCAUUUUUAACUACAGACAAUCUCGUGCACGCCGUAUUGUGGAAAAUGCGUUUGGGAUAAUGUCGUCCCGUUUUGGUGUUUUUAAAACAGAUAUAUCUCUUUCUGUUGAUAAGGUGGAUUGUAUAGUUUUGGCUUGUUGUGCUUCGUACAAUUUUCUUCGGGAUGAAAGCAAACACUACAUACCACCCAGGUACGCCGAUGAAGAAGAUGUUGAGGUAGGCGAACUUAGGUUCGGCCAAUGGAGGGAAGAACGACAAUUAACACCUUUACAAAGAAUGACAAGACCUACAACAGUCGCAACCACGGAGGCAAGGUCGCAAUACAAACAAUAUUUUAAUAGCGUGGGAAGUGUUCCUUUUGCUGAAUAG